AUGCCUACCACACCAGGCGACUCUCGUCCUCCUCCAUCCGUUCCCUUGGUUCCUUCCAUCUCUGACACGGCAAACGUCCCGCCCACCUACCGACAGCACGUAAAGCACCGCCGCGGAGCAUCGCAGCAAAGCCUCGAGCUCCAAGACCUUCCUUCGAAUUCUUCUUCAGCCGCCGCCUCAUACGUCCCGCGCAUCCGUUCCCACCACGCCCUUGAAACCAAUACUCUCCUUGCAUCCGACGAAUCCGACCUUGAUUCGCCCACCGAAGCGCUCAUGUCAAAGAGGAAGGGCAGGUCGCCGAAUCCUCGAGCUGCUGCCGCGCGCGGCGACUCCAUAGACUCGAACCGCAGUAACGGCCACGCCACUGGCGCUAUGGAUAGCAUGCUUGGGCAGCGCCGGAAGCAUCUGGGCCCAGACAGCCCUUCCACCGCUUCGCAGGCGUCGCACUUGAUGAGCCGGGACAGCUUCACCUUGGACGAUGAUCCCAUGCAGGCAAUGACCCACGAUGAGGACGGUUCGUCGAAGGGAUUCAGCGAACUCCCCAAAAAGGACCAAAGAAACUUUCUCCUCUUGGUUCUGCUCUACUUCCUUCAGGGUGUGCCAAUGGGUCUCGCCGGUGGCUCUGUGCCCUUUUUGCUGAAAGCCCACCUUUCAUACAGUCAGAUUGGUGUCUUCUCGCUCGCUUCAUACCCUUACUCGCUCAAACUUCUCUGGAGCCCCAUCGUGGACGCGAUCUGGACCCCCAAAGUCGGCAGGAGGAAGAGCUGGAUCCUGCCGAUUCAGACAUUGUCCGGCUUUGGGAUGCUCUGGCUUGGCGCUCGCGCCGAGCAAAUGAUGACUGAUGCCGGCGCAGAUGGAGGCGCGGGAAUCUGGGGAUUCACCUGGUGGUGGUUCUUCCUGGUCUUCAUGUGCGCCACCCAAGAUAUCGCUGUCGACGGCUGGGCUCUCACACUCCUUUCUCCCGAAAACCUUGCGUACGCCUCGACUGCCCAAACUGUUGGCCUGACUGCCGGUCAGUUCUUGUCUUACACGGUUUUCCUUGCCUUCAACUCGCCCGAUUUUGCAAACAAGUGGUUCCGCGCAACACCCAAGCCUGAGGGUGUCAUGACCCUUGGAGGCUACUUGACUUUCUGGGGCUGGGCGUAUCUGGCCGUAACCUUGGCCCUUGCGUUGAUGAAGCGCGAGGAGAGGACCAAGAACAACGACGGAAUAGCCGAGGUCUACAAGGUCAUGGGCGGUAUUCUGAAGCUCAAGAACAUCCAGACCUUCAUUAUUAUUCACUUGAUUGCCAAGAUUGGCUUCCAGGCAAAUGACGCCGUCACCAACCUCAAGCUCCUGGACAAGGGUUUUAGCCAAGAGGACAUGGCCCUUACCGUCUUGAUCGACUUUCCUUUCGAACUCUCCCUAGGCUAUUACGCAGGAAAAUGGUCCCAGGAGUACCCGCCGAUGCAACUCUGGUGCUGGGCCUUUGUCGGCCGUCUGGCGGCAGCGGCGUUUGCGCAGUUUGUCGUCAUGAUUUUCCCCGAAGGCGGCGUGACAACAUGGUACUUGCUUACUGUGAUUGUUGAGCAUGUGUUCUCGACCUUCAUGAGUACAGUAAUGUUUGUCGCGAUAUCGGCUUUCCACGCCAAGAUUGCGGAUCCGGUCAUCGGUGGCACCUACAUGACCCUUCUUGCCACUGUUUCAAAUCUAGGCGGCACAUUCCCGCGCUUUUUCAUCCUCAAGUUCGUCGACUUCUUCACAGUCGCAACGUGUGUUCCGCCGGAGCAUCCACCCGCAGAACUCAAGGGCGACCUUGUCACCUCGGCGUUCUCUUGCGCGCUGGAAGCCGACAAGCACCGUUGCGUGGACGGCGGUGGCGCAUGCAACAUAGAGCACGAUGGUUACUACAUCGUCAACGUGCUCUGUAUCAUCGUUGGCCUCGUGACGUUCUGGGGUUUCAUCAAGCCAGCGGCACUCAAGCUGCAGGCUCUGCCACUCAGGGCAUGGAGGCUGGCGGGUGCUAGCUAG